CAGAAACCGGCGGCCAAAGACGAGAGAGAGGGGGUCACGGAGGUGUCGUUUUUGGUGGAAGAAAGUGACCAAAAGUAGGGCCGGCUUUACAUCAUGCCUCGUAGUAACAGCGGUAGUGACUCCUCACUGACCUCACUCCAACCGAGUGGAUCCGGUUGCACAACGCCGACGUCGCAGAAAAAGAUGGUCACUUAUAUAUGCCGCUGGGAAUCGUGCAAUAUGCAGCUAGAUACGAGUGCGGAUCUGGCCGACCAUGUCCGGAUUGAGCAUGCCCAGAAACAGGUGGACAAGGGGGUAAAGAAGUACGUCUGUUUGUGGGACGGCUGUAAAUGGUUCAACACGCCUUCCAGCUCUCGUUCGUGGCUCUUCAAGCAUGUCUUACCCCACUGUGGGGAUAAACCCUUCCGUUGCCUCUUGGCUGGAUGCUUGAUGAGUUUCCCAACAGAAAGUGGGCAACUCCGUCACGUACAAACUCAUCUGAGUGAGCAAGCAGUACAGAAGACGCCCAGGAGUAAGGAAGACAGUCCCGGCAGGAUGAUGAAGAAGAAAAGAUUGAAGUUCAAGAGACGAUUCUCACAAGCUAAAACGGAUGAUUUCUUUGACACCUGUACGAUGGAUAGACUCCACCAUCAGCUUGUGGCUAUUAAUUCAUCAACUCAGAUUGAUACCGCAGGACAUGGACGGAAUAUACUCUUCCACAGUCAGGUUGUUGGUAAAAGAGUUGAUCAGAAUGAUCAAGUCCGAGUUCUACUUCACUGGACUCCAGAAAACAUCCUUCCAGACUCUUGGGUGAAUGAGCGUGAAGUCCAGAGGGAGGCACAGAGGGCUGUUCCAAUGACCAGCCUUUCUCCUGAAACAAUGAGGCUCCUACAUCCGGGCUUAGGUGGGCUCCACAGGUUGAGAAAACAUCGGAGGAAAUAAUACCUCAUUAUUUCAUCCACUAAGUCUUUUUUUUUAACAGGAAUCCCUCAGGGGCGCAAUUCAUGGCUCAGUUUACAGUGGAAUUCUGAGCUUAUUGUCAUUAAACUUUUCUUACAGGGUAAGCACCUAAAUUCUGCGCUAGGUGUGUAAGAAAAAAAAGCACAGUAACUUGAAGUACACAUGGACUAAAGUGAAAAGUCGUUGCUACACCUGUGACAUACAUAUUUACACUAAGCGCAGAUUGUCUGCUUCAGUAAGUGCCGUUUUCCACUAACAUGAAAUUAAGUUCUGUAUCCAUCGAAUGGGAAGUUUUUAGCAAACUAUUUGCUAGGCUUAAACAAUAUCUCUUAGAGGUAAUACACGUGACUGACAAACCAGAAAACAACCAGGACCCAUUUUCAUGGCUCUGCUUACCGCCGAAUUCUGUACUUAGACCACCAUUCUCUGCUUACUGUGUAAGCGCCAAAUAUCUGUGCUAGCUGUGUAAGUUCUGUGCCGAGGGCUCCCUUCAAGUAAAAUGGCUUUCUGAAAGUCAACCUGUUCUGUUUUACCGUUUUGUGCACAGCAUGUUUUCAAAUUAGUUUUGACCUCAAAUGUAGACUUAAGAAGAUUUUUGUACUAAGUAGAAUUUUGAACUUUUUAUGGACAAGAUAUAAUCAUGUCAGGUUUGCAGAAAAUACUAUGAAAUUUGUUUGUCGAAAAUUGGGAAAAUCAGAAGAGAAAAGGAAAGUGGAAAAAUUAUUGGGACAGUUUAUCCACUCUGAUUGGUUGAGAGGAGGUCACAUGGCCAUGUUAAAAUGUGUGACAUAAACAUAGUAAAGAGUGGUAAAACACAAAGUCUGGAGCGCUAGCUUACAUGGGCGCUUAUUGAUGUGUAGUGCAAUCAAUACAUACCAGUACUCAAUGCAAAAUCUAUCAGUAUGCGCUCAUGCGCAACCAUUGGGCGUCGCAUGCAAUUUUGGAAAAUGGAGACUGAGGACAAAACAGAAGGGCCUACGAAACAGGAGUUGAAAAUUAACCGUUUUAUAGAUUUUUCAAGUAAGUUUUUUAACAAAAAGUGCAUUCAUGAGUGGGAAUAAAACAUGAGCAACUCGAUCUUUAACGUUCAAUCGUGCAGGACCUUGUCCCAACUCUUUCAUUCACUUCAUCAAAUUUUUACUGUGAAUAACAAAAUGCUGCAACUGCAAUUUUUAAUAAGAGCUGUAUUCAGUCCUUUUACUAGUUCACAACUUGCCAUGUUAGACAUUAUUUGGAAUAUUACAAUUUUGAAUUUAGCCAUACACUGAUGGGUGCUUUUUUCUUUCUAUAAAAACCCAAAUUCAUAAAAUACCAGGGUUUUUAUAAAUCCCUAUGACCAUUAGGGCUGGUAGCUCAAAAUGUUUACUAGACCAGCAGCCAAUUUCACGAGUAAAAACGAGUAACUCGUCCUAACUUAGA